CACAGACAAGAUUCAUAACCUCGCUCUGCUCUUGCACAGAAAUCAAUGAGUCGUGGAAAAUCUGUGAAUACAUCAAAUGAUUUAGAAGCAGAUACCUAUGGCUGAACCGGAAUGUGUAAGAACCAUGACUGAAACUGCACCAUGCAUUGGAUCAUUCUCUGCUGUUAAGACACUUUGGGAAGUGAGAAUUCAGAAAAUAAAUGAAGAACUACGGAAGGAAAAGGAAUUCAGACAUAGACUGGUGCUUGUCUGGGAGGAAAGAGACAGUUUAGCCAGGCUCAAAGAAAAAGUCAUCACUGAAGAUGGAAGGGUUAUACUAAGGAUAGAACAAGAAGAAUGGAAGAUGUUACCUGCUUGCUUACUGAAACUGAACCAUCUCCAGGAAUGGCAGCUUCACAGAAUUAGUUUGGUGAAAAUUCCUGAAUUCAUUGGAAGGUUUCAAAAUCUCAUUGUGCUGGAUCUAUCCCGAAAUGCCAUUGAAAAGCUACCUAAAGAGAUUGGCCAGCUGCCUAACCUCCAAGAGCUGCUUCUCAGUUAUAAUAAAAUUAAGUCUGUUCCUAAAGAGCUAAGUAACUGCAUCAGCCUCGGAAGACUGGAACUGGCUGUGAACAGGGAUAUCUGUGACCUUCCACUUCAGCUCAGUGACCUAAAGAAGCUUUACCAUGUAGAUCUGAGUAUGAACCAAUUUACUACCAUCCCUUCAGCUCUCCUGAACAUGCCAAGUCUAGAAUGGUUAGACAUGGGGAGCAACAAACUUCAGCAACUCCCUGAUACCAUUGACAGAAUGGAGAACUUACAUACUUUAUGGCUCCAACGGAAUGAAAUAACCCACUUACCAGAAACCAUCAGUAAUAUGAAAAAUCUGAGUACUCUUGUCCUCAGCAACAACAAACUCCGGGAUAUUCCUGCUUGCAUGCAACAAAUGACAAAUCUCAGAUUUGUCAACUUCAGAGACAACCCACUGGAGCUGCAAGUAACACUUCCCCCAUGCGAGAAUACUGAAGAGGAAGAGGAACGGGAAUUGUUUGGUAUUCAGUUCAUGCAUAUGUAUAUUCAAGAGUCACUCAGCAGAGCAGGUAUGAGAUUUGUAUUGUCUGUAACUAGAGUAUGAAUAAAAAAUAUUAGAAAACAUUAAAAUGCA